GAAGCAAGUACUUCGACGUCGGACGAGCGUUUUUCCAAGAUCGUUCGUGCGUACGAACGAGUCAAGAAAAACAGUGUUUUCAGCGUUAAAAAAAGAGAGAGAGAAAACACACUAUUUAAUCGAGGUGGAAAAGGAGUGAGGUGAAAACUCGAUUUACCGUGUUAUUUAUAAAUGGAGCUGAAAUGAUUGCAGGGCGAAAAAAAUCAUGACUUGCGAGUGAUUUUGUUUGUUCUUUUAGCCACUCUCGAAACAAGCAAAAAGAUAUUUUGCAUGCCAGGAAAGUUGACGUUGGAGGCGCGUUAACGCCCGCGGAAUAUUGCGGAAGGUUUUUUCGUGAAGCAUGAAUGAAACGUAAAAAAAUAAUCAAGUCCAAUGAAAUAUUUUUUGGUGUGCUACGCUCCCAGUGAUUGUAGUGUGUGUUUCUGUGUCUGUGCGUGUACUCCGAAACUUGCUUUGAAGUCAGUAUUACCGGUGGAAUUCCAACAGAUAUAUCGUUACUGAUUAUCGUCAUUUUCGCAUUCUGUGGUUUCACGAGAAAAAAAAUACCGCGGAAAUCAGAGCAAAGUGUGAUCUGUUUUUUCACCGGUUUAACGCGCGGAGCCACCUGACCAUAAAGCGCUUGACACAAGCCUCAAACAUCCUACGCGAUACAUAUUCUUGUGUAUUUUCACCCUUUUUUCUAACCUCGUGUCCCAUUGGAUUACCGGAUUAUUAAGCAGGGAUGCUGCCCGGAUAGGUGAUCCUCGUCGUCGAGACGCGCUCAAAGUGAGGACGCAGGGCGUAGCGGCGACGAAAUGAAGCAUGCAGCAUGCGUGGUAGCGGUGUCACGGCUGCGCGGUCCUGCCUUCAACCCCUGGUGUCCGCCAGCCGCUACCUCGCCAUACACGCCCUACCCGGUGAUCCCCUCUACUUCGUCGUCGAGGCCAAGUCAAGAGUGAAGGAGGUUUAUGCGCAGACAUGCGUGCUUCUUGGCCAGCAGGGCAUGCGAGACUGCGAACUCUUCGGUCUGGCUAUACUCUCCGACGGCGAGUAUCUGUUCGUGGAUCCGGAGAGUAAGCUGAGCAAAUACGCUCCUAAAAAUUGGCGCAGUUCUCAUACUUACGGUUUGGAUAGCAGCGGACGACCAGCUUUCGUGCUUUACUUUCGCGUCCGUUACUACGUCGAUACUCCAUUACUUUUAAGCGAUGAGACCACCCGCCAUCACUAUUACCUGCAACUACGGGACAAUGUCGUCCGACACGGCGGCGGAGUCGAGAGCCUUCAUCCCCAUCAUCCGCUCCACACGAGCUCGAUCGUUGCGCCGCUACUCGCCCUCGCUGGGCUCGCCCUUCAGGCUGACCUCGGCGACUACGCCGAGGAGCGUCACAGACCCCACGCCGGAUCCGUCGGCUACUGCAAGCCCAGCGAUUACCUUCCUCCACACAUGUGCCUCGAGUCCGACGUCCUCAGUAUUCUCGCGUCUCAGCACCGAGAGAAUCAUGGACUCACACGCGAAGAGGCGGAAUUUCAGUAUAUCCAGGAUGCGGUCCUCCUCGAAGCCCCGCUCAACGCUCACUUAUACAGGCUACGGCGUAACAAGAGCGAAGCUGGCCCUGGACGCAUUCUCCUUGCCAUCUGCGCACGUGGCGUCCGGGUUUACACCGAGGAGGCGACCCCGCGUAUAUUUGCCUGGAACAACAUUGGCAAGCUCUGUUUCGACCGAAAGAAAUUUGAGAUUCGUGCGGUCGAUCAGCCGGACAAACUCACCCUGUACAGCGGAUGCGACGACAAGAGCAAACUGCUCCUCGGAUUGUGUCGUGACACCCAUCAAUUCAGCAUGGCUAUAGCACCGAGAGUUACCGAGGCGAAACGCCGCGAAGAGGAAGAACGAAAAGUGCUGAGGGACUGUUACAUGUAUCCAGCUCGUUGCAAGCUCAGCAUGGCAGCUCGCGGCGGACGCGGAGAUCAGAGGAUAUCCGUUAUAUCGAGCACAUCGUCGAACACGACUUCGGGAAUCGUGAGCGAUCGUGUGCACAGCGAAGACGAGCCGGACACUGCGCCGGCAUCGACCGAGUGUUUGCCUCGUCUUACCGAGGCCAACGGUCAUAUUUCGAGUUUGCAAACGGACGAUACUGACCCCAAUGGAUCUAUGGACGGCGAUGCCAUUUCGAGGCCAGGAUCACCGGUGUCCACGGUCGACGAAGUCGAUGGUGCUGAAUCGACACCGGCAGCGAUCACGAGCCCAAGACACAACGCAAAUCUCGCCAUACCUACGGAUGGCUCGCAAUGCAGCAGCAGUUGCAGUACCGUAGUGGUGGCCAAUCAAAUUACGAAUCCGUCCUCUCAGCGGGCCAGACGAGCCUCGGCGACGUCGAGCCUCGAGCUCGGCUACUCCCACACGGCGCAGAAUUCGGCCGUCUCUUCCGAAGUCGCGAGCUUCCCAGGUGCGAUUUAUGACAGGUGCAAAAAAGUCACGGCUUACGCAGACACCGCUGUUCCAAUGAAUAUCGACGAUACAUUCACCGUGACCGACAUAGCGAGUGAAACAAGUGGAAUUUACACUCUCCGCAGUAGCGGAAUACAGGACGAGCGAAUAACCGAAUUGUAUUCGCCGAACGGUCAGAUGAACGGUUCGUCAGCAGCGAGUGAUGUUUGCGCAAUGAGUUCGGUGCAGUCGACGACGGACGAGGCGUCGGUUACUUCUGGAUUUUACACGAUCCACAGUGACAUAAGGUCGGAGACGAGUGACGUUUAUACCAUAGACGCGAGUACCGAGGACCAGGAGGAGCCGAUAUACAGUAUUUGUAAGGGUGACGAGGAUGAGGACGACGCGGAUGAGAACGUGGUCGGUAACCCGGUGAUAUCUUUGAACAAAGGUGCCUUGGACCAGCAUCUGGACGACCCGCGUUCCCGGAGCAACAGUAUAUUGAGCGCGGGGAGUUUCCGCGGCGACGGUAGUGACCCGUCGGACGUCGGUCCGUUGCUCUCAGCCGACGAAUUGUCCGAUCUGAUCGUUGGUCGUUAUCCGCCAAGAAAAACGGUCAGUACCUCGAUGGAUUCGGACUGUGAUUACGUGACGAUGCCGCCGCCGCUUCCGCCACCGCGAACCGACAGCAACGAGAGGCAGCUGCCGCCGCCGCCGCCGUAUCCGUCGAACCUGAAGUACGCGACGAUCCACUCCUCGAGGGCCAACGUCGGAUCCAUGGAACGAGAGCCGUUGCCACCUCCGCCGUACAACGCCGCACGCGCUGAUUUCGUGCCUCUGCCACCGAGACGGAACGAACCACCACCGCCACCGCCUCCUUACCCGAGUCCCAGGGAAAGAAUCCAAAUUCCUCCACCAACGCCGCCCCGGAACGACGCAGUGACGCCUCGCGAGCCACCUCCGCCGCCCCCGUACCCAGAAAUUCCACCAGCCAGACAAGAAGCCAUCUCCAAAUUGUACCCAUCGGUCGGUGACGACGCUAACUUCGCCAGGAGCAACGGCUCCAUCAAAAAUCAAAUGGCAACGGGCCGGAUGUGCCCACCCCCUUCAACGAUCAACUCCAGCGGUCUUCCGAACCUGGGCAACGACGCCUCCCCGACCCUCGCUCCGAAACCACCCCCUCGCAUCCAACCCCCGACUUAUCCAGGUGACAAAAUGAAGCCUACUCCCGUCCACGCUCCAGUCGCCGCCCUCGUAGUCGGGCCCAACAACUAUCUCGAUGUCCACGCUUCCCGCACGGGCCCACCGGUCCUUCUCCCCUAUUUGGCGCCCCCGCCCCCUCCGCCGCCCCCACCUCCCCCACCGAUGAUUCAUCCCAGGCAACCCCCUCCACCACCGCCAACUCCCAGCCUCGCUACCGUCUACACGAGCCAAGUGGCGCGUUCCCAAAUCGAGCAAUAUCGUCAACAGCUUUACUCGGACGUUGACUUCGUCAUGUUCCCCCUUAAAGAUCCUGCUGUCUCGAAACAGGAAUACAUGGACGCCAAACAGGGCUCCCUCCUCGCUGCCAUGGCUGCCUAUCCACCACCUCCGUAUCCCGCCUUCAACAACAAAUCCUCCGUCGUAUACCGCAGCACUCCCUAUCUACCAGGCUCCUCGUUCUCAUCCAACAACACCAAGUACGCCUCCAAUCUCAAUCUCAGCGACACCAGCUCGACCAAUUAUCCUGUCAUUGGCGGCAAUCUCAGCAGUCAUUACGCCGCGAGCACCAGCUCUCUGUACAGCGGCGCCACCUGCUCCUCCUCCGUCGGCAGCCACAGCCUCCGCAGGGAACCACCCGUUCCCGUUAAUCCUUACACCCUUCAAGGCUUCACGAGAACCAGGAGCGAUGAGAACAUACUCAAGUGCUUCGAAACUACGGCGACCAGCAACAUCCAAUCUCUACCGCAAACCAAACACCGCAGACUUCCACCGCCUCCGCCCCCACCGCCUUACGAAAUUCAGAGUCUCGAGAAGAGUCAACCUCUUCCAUCAGCCUCGUCGUCUACGCCAUCCCAGCCAAAAAAGCCACCUCGGCCAAGCAGCGUGCCGAGCGAGCCCAACGGGGAUGCCAAGGACGAUGGGAUGCUCGACAUUAGGACUCUUCGCGAAAAAAGUCGAAAUCUCGAUCUCCCAUUGAUCUCGGCAUUGUGCAACGAUCGUUAUCUUCUGAAGCAAACGAAAGCUUUUGUAUUACCGAAGCAUCCGAGCGAAGGUAUGAUGAGCGGAGGAUCCAGCCAAAAAGGUUCAACGCGAACGAGCGCCAACGGGGUCACUUUGUCAUCGAACAGGAACAAAUAUCCGGUGAGUGGUUUGUCGACCACACAAAUAACAAAACCGCCGAGAAAGACGUCGACCAGCACACAUCGACAUCCUGCGGAAACGAGAUCGAGCGCUUUCAAAGGUACAACGAGCACCGGGACUUCGACAACCUCGACCACGACGAUGACACUUUCCUCGCCCUCCAAAAAAGAUCUGACUCGAGCAUCUCACUCGUGAACUCAAAAAUUACAAUAAUGAAUCGAAAAAUAUAUAUAUAUAUAAAUAUAUUCAUUUUUCUUUUAUAUAUAAGACAAAAAUGUAUUUUUUUUUUCCAUUUCUGACUGGCCGUGCUUCUUCAAACUCAGGGUGCCAUCAAGAACUUCCGUAAAUUCGCUUUAAUCAAAUUCACACGAGUGUGUGCCUGUGCGUGUGUGUGUGUGUGUGUUUGAAGAGUGAAAAGAUAAAUAAACGAAUAAAGAGGCGAGAGAAAUCGAAGAAGAGAUGAAAUUCGUAUACGUUCACGAGUCUUUCGGUCAUCAUUGUUUUCAAAUACAUUUUCGUACGAAAUGCUCGCGGAAAGCUGCGACCUUUCAUCACGUUUUUUUUAAAUUAUUAUUUCAUUUUAUUUUUUGUUUCUCGCUCGUUGAAUUUCAUCCGUCGAUUUGUUUCGACUCAUGUUCCUCUUUCAUACCUUCACGAAAUGUGACGCGUGCGAAUUUUCUUGGUUAACUGCAGAUCGACGACAAACGAUCAUUUUUUUCUUCAAAUUUUAAACUUUCUUUGUUUUCUAUUUUAUUUUAUUUCACGAGUACAUGACGAUUCCGUCGCAAUCAUUAUUCUCGACGUACCACGUUUUUUGCUCAAUCUUCCGUGUGCAUGUGCAUGUGUACGAAUGCAUGAGUGUGCGCGCGUGUGUAUGUGUGGAUUCUUUUUGUUCUUGUUUAUUGAAGUACGACUAUAUGAUUGCAACGAAAUAAUGGCGAGUGUGAAAGAAGAACGAGACAUUUUGACGAAAUAUCGUUGUUGCGCGCCCUCCCCCUCGAAAUGCGCCAAUAAUAUCAAAUGAAUCGACCCGGUACCCCCCUCCACCCCCCCCCCCCCGCCCCCCUCCCAAUCGUUUCAUUCGUAACGCGUCAAUAGACAAAAAAAUCUCUUAGGCACUAAUUAAUCACAUAUGUAUUUUUAUACCCGAAAAUCGAUAAGAAAUGACAAAAAAUAAAUAAAUAAGAAGCAGCUAUCGUUGUCAGCUAGAUAAAUAGUAACUAUUACAUUCGUUA